GACACUAGAGUUAGGUGACACUACACCAAGCUCUUCUGACUUUAUAUCCAUCAAUACUAGAAACUCUUUUGUUCUCAACAAGCAGUCUUCCAUGGCGGCCGUACUGAUAAGAUCCAUCGUCAGAAACUUUAAACGGCCAGCCACCGCAGCCUCAGCCGCUUACUCGACAGGUGGUGGCGGCGGUUGUACUUGUACGAGUAAAAAGCUAGAAGGAAAAGUAGCUCUCAUAACUGGUGGUGCUAGCGGGCUCGGUAAGGCCACGGCCAGCGAGUUUCUCCGGCAUGGUGCCCGGGUAGUGAUCGCCGACUUAGAUGCGGAAACCGGGAUUAAAACCGCUAAAGAACUAGGCUCAGCGGCAGAGUUUGUGCGGUGUGAUGUCGCGGUGGAGGCGGAUAUCGCUGAAGCCGUGGAAAUGACGGUGGAGCGGUACGGGAAGCUAGACGUGAUGUACAACAACGCUGGGAUUGUUGGACCUAUGACUCCGGCGAGUAUAUCGGAGCUUGAUAUGACGGAGUUUGAGAGAGUAAUGAGGAUUAAUGUUUUUGGUGUUGUCUCCGGCAUCAAACACGCCGCUAAGUUUAUGAUUCCGGCUAGGUCAGGAUGCAUUUUGUGCACAUCAAGCAUUGCAGGCGUGACUGGAGGGUUGGCUCCACAUUCAUACACAAUCUCAAAGUUCACAAUUCCCGGAAUAGUCAAGUCGGCAGCAAGCGAGCUCUGCGAACACGGAGUGCGUAUCAACUGCAUCUCACCGGGUACGGUAGCUACACCGCUCACUCUCCGUUACCUUCGGAAAGUGUUCCCGAAGGUAUCGGAGGAGAAGCUACGCGAAACAGUGAAAGGAAUGGGUGAGUUAAAAGGAGCUGAAUGUGAAGAAGCUGACGUUGCUAAAGCUGCUCUGUAUUUGGCCUCCAACGACGGUAAAUACGUUACUGGCCAUAACUUGGUCGUCGAUGGUGGCAUGACUGCUUUCAAAAUAGCUGGUUUUCCUUUUCCUUCGGAUUCAUGAUCAAUCAUUUGUAUCUUCUAUAAAUAUAUAAGUUUGUAUUCAAGAUUUCAAAUCCGGAUUUUAACAUUUAAUAAAUUUUAAAAGCAACU